UUUCACACACCGCCUUCUCUUGUGGGUGCCAUACCACCUAUGGGAGGUCAGGCUGACCUGUCCUGUGUGUGGAAAACAGCUUGCAAGCUACGGAGCCCACAAGAGAGCCCGCCACGUUCUGGAUGUCGACAGGUAUUACCUGAUGAUAACAGAGACUCUCUGGUGCAGUGCAGUUGGUUGCAAAACAGCUUACCUUUCCACAGCCAAGACUGUCUUGGACCAGCUGGAUUAGGCGCACAGGCCAGAAUUCAGACUGAUCCUGACUCGAAAAUACGCUUGUGAUACGCGGGUGAUUCGCUUUCUGAGGGAGAGGGCCCUCGGUAACAGUCCCACUCCCUUGGUCAGACAGCUGAGGGAAAACCACAGCGAGGAGUGGCUUAAGCGCCUCUGCCGAUACCUCCGGGUACGCUCGGACUUUGCUGCCCGGCCAAGCCUGCUCCCUGUCAAGUUCCAUGAACCACCUGAGCCAGUAGAUAUUCCUUCACACAGGUGGAUGCCGGCUGUUUAUGGACGAGACAUUCUCAGCGGGCUGGACCACAUCAAAGCCAGAAUAACGUCCACCUUCGGCAGUAUCCUAAAAAUGGACUCUACAAAGAAGAUCACCAAGAAGCUAUCAGGCAUUGCCGAGGGAACGGCCUUGUGGCUUACAUCUGUGAGCAACGAGAAAGGCCAAAUCCUUAUCAGUGUCCUGACUGCUCAGGAGGGUCCUGCCUUGGACAUCAUGGCAACUGACCUCGUCCGCAGAUACAGCAACGCUGGUGUGGCUCCUCCUCGGCUACUUUAUGUAGACUGUGACUGUUGUCGGGAGGGCAGAGGACAGACCAAAUUGAAAGAAAGAUUUGGUGGGUGGCCAGAACUGGUUGUCAAGCUUGACAUCUACCACUUCGUGCGGCGACUGGCAUCCGGAUGUACAAAGGAUACACAUCCUCUGUACCCUGUCUUUAUGGCCAAAUUGUCCAGCUGUAUUUUUGAGUGGGACAGAGGAGAUGUUGCCUUGCUGCGGCAAGCCAAGCGGGAGCAGCUGCGACAGGAAGGUGUCCCUGGCAUCACUGAAAAUCUAGUUGACCCACAGAUCACCAAGGAGGAACUGGCCCUGCACUGUAGAAGGCAGACAAGAGGAGAGCAGCAGACCAUUGUCAUGAUUGUACAGCUUCUUAACGAGUCGAUCGGGGUCAAGGGCAGAGAUUUUCUUGGUGUCCCUCUUUUGGACCAGGAGAGGAUGCAGCACAUCUGGCAAGUCCAGCAGAGGCGUGUUAAGUGCAUUCAGGACGAACCAGGUGUGCUCCUCUACUGACACACUGGGACUACCACCAAGGCAGGCAUUAUCCUACCGAACUACAGGUGUGCCAGAGGUUCCACAUCUCUUGAGUUUUCACUUACAUGUGAACAGGUUCAUUCCAGGAACAAGUGCCAACAGCUUGAAUUUCCAGCUGUACCUCCUGGAAGGACCAGGACCGUGAAGCUGCAUCCCUGGCAGUCAACCCUCCCUCCCUGCUCAGCUACUCAGGAGACCUUGUUCACUGCGUGAACGCAC